AUGCGCAUUGCCGUGGGGCGCAUCCAGCUGCACGCUGGGCGUGCGGUGCAGCACCGCACAUUUAAAAGUAGGCAUAGUGUGCAUGCAGUGCAUCAUGAGCGUGAGCCGGCGCUGAACAGGGCGUGGCAGCCGCCAUCGCCGCCCAUGCAACCGCCGCCGCGCCAAGGGCCGACGUUGGCGUGGGAUACGGACAAGCAAGUAUAUGCUGACGAGCACGCCGUAGAACCGCUGCCCGACGAUGCAUACUCAAAUGGUUUUAUUAUGGAUCUGGCCGCGCUCGCGAACGAAGCGGAGUCGCCAGCGACACCGCCGCCGCCAGCGCUGCAACUCUUUGCACCCCAACCUAGGCCGCAAAUGCAAACUAUGCCGCGGCCAAAGCGCGGUGUGCAUGAUGUAUACGACUGGCGCUCCAUUGCAGCAUCGCAGCAAGGCAUCGGGAUGCAUGGCCGGCCAGGCACCCACAUUCUAGGGCAGCGUUGGGACCCUGCCGCGUGGGUCGCACGCCGCCGCGCGCCUUCGCUUUCGCUGCGACUGCGCGUAGCGCACCGUGCGGCGCAAGAAGCGCUUGGAGCGCGCAAGACACAUUCUCCCGACGUUGCACUGACCAUCGCUGCGCGGCGCUACCAAAAUGCGUGGCGCGAAAUGCUCUCUUUGGAGCGCCAGCAGCAGGAACUCGAGCUUAUCGAGCAGCGCGAGCGACCGAUGAGCGAGCUGUCUGCGCUUGGAAUUGCGUUGGACGGGCUUUUGGGCUACUGGCAGACGGAGCGGUACUAUGGAUCCAAGGUCGCUGUGUUUAAAUUGCCCGGCGCGCGGCGUCUCCCGCCGCUAAAGUUUCUGCCUGGCCAUGUCGUGGACCUCAUGCCGAGCAACGCGACUGGCGAGUGGUCCAAAGCGCAGCAAGAAGAGCGGCACCUCUCACUGCGCCUGCUCGACCGCGUCGAGCCAGCAUCCAAGUCGCAGCCGAAACGAGAAACGCCCCAGCGCGUGAGUGCAGAAGUAGUGGAUACAAGCAGCACGCAGAUUUGCGUGCGUGUGAGCGAGGCAUUUGAGCACAUUGACCCUGACAAAAUCGACUCGUGGCGCCUGGACAAGGGCCAGAGCGAUGUCGCAUACGACCGCAUGGAAGCAGCGCUCGAUGCGCUCGUGUACGACCCCGACGAUAUCGCCCGUGUGAGCACGCCGAUGCGCAGCUAUUCGCUUGCCGGAACGCCAUUGCGCGAUAUGCUGCUCCCUGUAGCCAUGCAAGAAUCCAGGCCUGGGCUGUUUGCCGACGAUUGGCGCAUUCGGUCGUGGUACGAGCGCUACGCAAAGCGCAACGCGAUCAAGAUUGAUGGCGACCCCGAUCUUGGUCUCAACGAAAGCCAAACAAUGGCGGUGGCAAUGAUGCUGCGCGAACGCCUGAGCUUGGUCCAAGGUCCGCCUGGAACGGGCAAAACACGCACGCUCGUCAGCGCCGUCUCGCUGCUCAAGCAGCAUUUUCAAGUCCCGCAGCCCAUUUUGCUUGCGGCGCACACCAAUGUCGCCGUGGACAAUUUGGCCGAGGGGUGCCUAAAAAAGGGGCUCAUCCCCGUGCGAGUAGGCUCUACUGCAGCGGUGCGCGAAACACUCCAGGAGCACACGCUGGAAGCACACCUUGCACGCCAUCCAAAGCAAGCCGUGCUGAAAGAAACAGACGCACUGCUCAAGUCCUUGCGCGCAAAGCGCGCAGAGUUAGAGGACAGGCUGAAGGCGGCGCUGCGCGAGGACAGUGCAACGCAUGUGUCUCCGCAUGUAGCCGACAUCCGCCAGCAGAGCCAACAUACGCGGCGCCGCAUUGGCCGCUGUAUCGCCAAGAACCACAUGGUGCGCAGCCGUAUGUAUGCAGAUAUUCUGCACACCGCCGACGUGGUAUGCUCUACCGCACUCAGCGCCAGUUCGCGCAAGCUCGACAUGAUUGACUUUCCCAUUGUGUUUAUUGACGAAGGCAGCAUGGCAACUGAGCCCGUCGCGCUCAUUCCCCUCAUGAAGGGAUGUGCCCAGCUGGGGCUCAUUGGCGACCAUCGACAGCUGCCGCCGGUCUUGCGGAGCACUGAAGCGCGCACAAAAGGCAUGUCGACAAGUCUGUUCGAGCGUCUGAUUUAUCAGGGAACGCGCGAGGCCAGGCAUCCGGACGCAGCAGAGCGCCCAGAGAUUCCUUCCGUCAUGCUGGAAGAACAAUUCCGCAUGCAUCCAACCUUGUCGUGCUUCCCGAACGCGGCGUUCUACGCAAACGCACUGCGGAAUGCGGCGACUACCUCGGCACUGACGCCGUAUGAAAGUAUGUUUGCGGCGCGCGGUGCAGACGGCAAGAGUCUUCCUCUGACCUUUGUUGCACAUGCGCCUGUCGAGCCGAGCACUGCGCCUGGGCUUGCUGGCAUGCACGGCAGCGUUUCACCUUACAAUGUUCCGCAAGCGGACAUUGUUCUCGCCUUAUCGUGCGAUCUCUUAUACCAAAAUCCAGGAUUGCGCGGCGCACACAUCGGCAUUGUCACACCGUACGAGGCACAAGUCCGGCUCUUGCAGCACAUGUUGGCGGCGGGUGCGUUGCCGAAAGAGUGUGCGGUGCCAAACCUAAGCGAACACGCGAUGCAAACACUCGCACUGGCUGAUCCCACGAGGGUUGCCGAGAUGGCCGACAUUGAAGUGCACACAGUCGAUGGGUUCGAGGGGCGGGAAAAGCCGGUGAUGCUCUUUUCCACCGUCAAAGCGGGCGGAGGCACAUUCUGCGGCUCCGCUGCGCUACAUUCCGCGCUGAUGCACCCUGCAGAAGAAACCGCCAAUACACUGGCUUCACUCACUGUGCAGCGAGGUGGAUACGUGGGGUUCCUUGCGGAUUCAAGACGAAUGAAUGUCGCACUCACGCGCGCGCAACGCCAGCUUUUUGUCGUGGGCAAUUUGGACACGCUUCUCUCCGCACGGCUCGGCACCAAAGGCGCAGCGACGGUGGAAAAAAGCGAUGUGCAAAUCAUUCGACGGUACGCACGAUGGCUACUUGCCAACGGGAUGGUCGUGGACGUGAAUACGGCAUACGAUCGCCUGCUCGAUGAAGCGGCUGGCAUCGUAUAG